AUGACACCACCAAGAGCGUUCGACUUCACGGGCGACGUAGCCAUCGUGACAGGCGCCGGUUCGCGCAUGGACGGCGAAAUCGGCAACGGCCGCGCCUCCGCCAUCCUCCUCGCCCGCCACGGCGCCAAAGUGGCCCUGCUGGACGUCAACGCGUCCUGGGCGCAAGAAACGAAGCGCAUGAUCGACGCCGAGGGCGGCACCGCCGAAGUCAUCCGCACCGACGUCACCGACGAGGCGUCGUGCGCGAGCGCCGUAGCGCGGACGGUCGAGCUGUGGGGCGCGCUGCACAUCCUCGUCAACGUCGUGGGCGUCGGCGGCGCCGUGGGCGAUGCCACAUCCAUCGACCUGGACGCGUGGGACCGCGACUUCCGCAUCAACGUCACGAGCAUGGUGAUGAUGAGCCGGCACGCGAUACCCGAGAUGCGCAAGGCGGGGCGCGGCGCCGUCGUCAACAUGUCGUCUGUCAGCGGGUUGCUCGGCGGCAACCCCAGCCUGCUCUACCCGACGACCAAGGGCGCCGUCGUGCAGAUGACGCGCGCCAUGGCCGCGCACCACGGGCAGGAGAACAUCCGUGUCAACUGCGUCGCGCCCGGCAUGGUUUACACGCCCAUGGUGCGCGGGAGGGGCAUGUCGGACGAGAUGCGGCAGGCGCGGAUCAAUCAGAACUUGAUGAAGAAGGAGGGCACGGCUUGGGAUGUGGGAUACGCCGUUUUGUUUCUCGCGAGCAAGGAGGCAAAGUGGAUAACUGGCUUAGUCAUGCCGGUCGACGGAGGUGUACGAUCGCUCCCAAGUAACGUGGCUUUUGGCUACAUGCUGACGGAUAUCGUGUAG